AUGGAAAAUUCCCCAGUCCACAAAAUUAGACGAGCUCAGGAAGUACUAAAUUCUAUGGUACCAGACUGUGAUGAAGUGACACGUGGGGAAACUAGACAGGACAAAUUAAAAGAGUUAAUUAGGACCCAGCAAUGGCCACACUUGGAUAGGGACAUGCGGACACAGUUGCAACAGGUGGUAAUGAAUCAUGAUGCAUUGUUUGUAUUAGGUCCAAAUGAAAUAGGCACCAUUAAGGGUUUGCCAGCUAACAUCCCAUUGGUCAAUGAACAACCUGUAAGAGGACCUCAGUAUAGGUAUCCCGAGAAAGCCAAGGAACUCACUAUGAAACAAGCUGCCCUUGCUUGGACAGAUGAAUGCCAGACAGCUUUUGAAACGUUAAAGCGGACAUCAGCUUUCUUUCCAGUACUGGUAAAAAUAGACAUGGAUAAACCAUUUGGGCUACACAGUGAUGCUAGUAAUUUUUGUGUAGGAGCGUCACUGAAUCAAUUACAGGAGGACGGUUCUUUGCGUCCUGUUGGGUAUUUCUCUCGGAAGCUAAAGCCCGCGGAAACAUGGUAUUCCACCACUGACCAAGAAGCAGUAGGGAUCGUGUUAGCCU